CAGUCCCAUUUCCUCCUACAUCCCACUCUGCCCUCUUUGUUCUGUCUAAUUUAACCAUCUGCUUUCUGAAAAAUAUGGUCUUGAAUUAGGAUUAAUUUUGUCAGGACUUGUUUUAAAAAAUAAAUUAUUUUUUAAUGAGUGGGUUAUGGCUGUCUGAGAAUAACUAGAUGUGAUGACUUGAAUAACUUUUGUGCUGGGCCUCCCAAAGUAUAAAGUUUAUGCCUAGAAUAUUUUUGGAAAGAGAGUUGGUUGAAAUUGCUGUGUAUAUAUGAUAAUUAUCAUUGUGCCCCCUGUCAAAUAUUGAAUUCUUUCUUUCCAUGAUUUUCUAGAGACUGAAGAUCUAGAAAACACUAAGAUCACCACACCAGUGGCUUCUGCCUCUGAUCCAGAACCCCAUUCCUCACCCCAAAGAGGCCACAGAUGGUAUCUGCAGGGAGUGAGGAUGCCACAGAAGAUCUGCGGAAAGCAGCUGGAGCCUUGAAGACUCAGGCCUUGGACCAGGAAUCACCACCUGCAGACCAGGCCCAGGUCCUAAACAAGAUGGCCAAGUACCAAGUUCCACAAAGGUCUGGGGACAUCGUUAUGAUCCAGUCUGAGCAUACAGGAGGUAUAGAUGUUCUUUCAGCUGAUUUGGAAUCUGCAGAUCUUCUAGGGGACCACAGGAAAGUCUCCCCACCUCUUAUGGCUCCUCCGUGCAUCUGGACCUUUGCCAAAAUGAAGGAAUUCAAAAGCAAGCUGGGCAAAGAGAAGAACAGCCGUCUGGUGGUGAAGCGGGGUGAAGUAGUGACCAUCCGGGUACCUACCCAUCCAGAGGGAAAGCGUGUCUGCUGGGAGUUUGCGACUGAUGACUAUGACAUUGGCUUUGGAGUUUAUUUUGACUGGACCCCUGUAACCAGCACUGACAUAACUGUGCAGAUCAGUGAUUCCAGUGAGGAGGAGGAUGAAGAGGAGGAGGAGGAAGAGGAGAUUGAAGACCCAGUCCCAGUUGGAGAUGUGGAGAGAGGCUCCAGGAGCUCUCUACGAGGUCGCUAUGGGGAGGUCAUGCCUGUGUACCGGCGGGACAGCCACCGAGACGUGCAGGCUGGCAGCCACGACUACCCCGGUGAGGGCAUCUACCUGCUCAAGUUUGACAACUCUUACUCCCUGCUGCGCAACAAGACUCUCUACUUCCACAUCUACUACACUAGCUGAAGGACUCCUGGCACAGGGGCAGGCAGGUGUUUGCUGUCUGGAACAGGCUGCCAGCUGUUGCCUCUUGUUUUGGAUAGGCAAGAGCUAAAAGUAGAGCGUGAGGCUCCUGACUCUCAUGCCCUGCCUGGCGUGCCUGAUUGUUGACCCCACGUAGCGUUUCCCUUUCUUGGCUUCUGCAGUUGGUGGUGUCAUGCCUCUGUUCUGUGGUCCCUGACACUUGCUCUUCUUGCUUCAUACUCCAGCAAAAUCCCUCUGUGAAGGCACCCAUCAGGCAAAAGCCUAAAAGGAAGUAGGGUGUUGUCUUUUAAAAAUGGGUUUAUCUUCCUACAAGGUGUAUUAUUCAGAUUACUGCUCUCCCCUCUUCCAGAGCCUUUAUUACAGAUGCAUUUAAUGGCACCCACUCUCUUCACUGUUUGAGGUGCUAGAAGAGGGAAAAGCACAUGGUCCACGAAGGAACCCAGUCUCUUGCACAGAGAAAGCUCUGUCCAGCCUCUCACCACUGCCAUAUUCCUGCCUGCUAGUUGUUCUUGAUCCUGCACCGGCUGGGGAGCCCUCACUGCCUUUGGAGGGAAAUGGCUUAUUCCUGAUGGUUAGCCUUCUCCUCUCUUCCCUUUCCUAAGUCUGUGUUUUUGCCAUUACAGCAAGAACUUUCAUGCAAUCGAAAGUGAUAAUCAUUGUAAUCCAAAAUCUUCUGGGAAGAAGAACAGCCUCCAUCACUUCCUAUUUCAAGUGGUGAUUUCCUUUCCCAAGGGCACUGGUGGUAGAAGGGGAACGGUGGACAAUAGGUACUGAAUUGAUCUCGGAACCCACAUCUUUGACAGUUGAGUGUUACUAAAUUAUUUUUGUGUAUAAUCAAAGAAGGAGGGGUAUAAUCUGAGAGAAGGUGAACACAUGAAAACCAAACCAAAACCAAAACAAACCCUCCAGAUUCUCCACCACUCCACACCACUUUAAAGUAGGAGUGUUAUUUAGAAAUUUUUCUCUGGAACCAAAAGCAGUGAAUCCCAGUUAGGUUUUCAGAGUUUCUGGGUUUUGGUUUUUUGCACUGAAAACUUAAAGCUUUUGGUUUUCAAGGUCUCUUAGGGAAGGUGAUCAUGAAGCUUCACUGUUGCUGUUGAUUGUAUUUGUUCUUUACCCUCCCAAAGCCUGCAUUUCCCUGAGGCCUAGCAGUGCGGCAGGGUGCAGAUGGUGCUGCAGGCAGUGGUUGCCAGAGCAGCAGGGUGCCGGGGUCUCGGGCAGAGAAGGAGACCAAGGAGGGAUGUCAGCCGUCUUUGGCUGUCCUCGUUACCUCCCUGUUUCUUAUUCUUUGUGUCAGGUCUGUUGCUGCCUUACAAUUGUGAGGAAUAAUUAGGUUUAUUUAUUACUUUAUUUAUUUUUUUUAGCACAUUUCAUUUUGCUUUUGAAACAGUUUCCAUCUGUUUCUUAGAAGACUUCCCAUCUGUUCUGAGCCACUUAGGCCCCCUCUUCUAUGGAGUUAAAGAUGAUGAUUUUAGGAGAAGUUGGGAAGUGAUGAAGUUGUAUUCCUGCAGGUCAGUCCUGUGAUGCUUUGGGAGGAGUCUGCCCCUUCAGAGAUGGAUGACACCAACCUGCCCGGUGUUUUGGGUACAGCCUAGCACUCCCUGUGAGGAAUUCCAGGUUGUGAGGGAAUCUGCCCAUUCACAGGGGAUUGAAUGCAGAGACGUUGACUAGUCAGUCAGAGGUCUGUGAUUCUGGGAUUCAAAGUCCUUUGCCUAUUCUGAGGAGUCACCUUCUUCACCAUCUUUCCUUUGGCUCAUUACUUCCUUGUGUGGGUGCCUCAGACCAAACCUCUCCUCUCUACUGGAGCAGUAACUUGAAGAAUAAGGCUCCUCACAGUAGGUCUGUAGUAGCAUCUACAUCAUGAACAAAGGGCAAUACAUUCUGCACCUUCUGUUCCCCUUGGAGCCAAGCCCCAAGUAGGAUAGGAUUGCCAUAACAUCCCCGUUCUCUGAGCGGCAUCAUACCUCCAUUAUUUUAUAUUUGUGAGUGAUUUUUUUAGACGAUUACACUGGACAAGAUUUAUAUACCUUGUAAGAAAUUACUUGUGACUUUCUAUUUGGACAGUAAAGAGCAAACUUGCAGUCAUCCCAUCAGAUAGCUGAGUGACCACUCUUUAAUCACUGAAGUUGAAUCAUGCCUUAGCUAACUGAAUAUAAUCUUUAUAAUGUAAUUUUCUACUGAGCUGUUUUCUAGUCAGCUAAAGCCUUGCUUAUUUUUACUGUUUGUUAUUAACUUCUUUCUUUCCAAGAGGAGCUGUCAGGCAUAGCAAGCUCCCUGGGAAAAUACGAUUUGUUUUUGCCAUGAGAGUCUCUGUACUUAUUUUCUUUGGAAUCCUAGUUCUGUUGCAUCAGGGAUCCCUAAGGGACUUGUUCCAUCUCCCUCUGUGUGCCUGUUAUUGUUUGGUCACUUUUUGACGUCCUGGGGCAUGUUACAUUUCAUUUUAUACUGGGGUGUCGCUAACAGUCAGGGCUUCUUUGUUUCAUUAGCACAGAAUACCUAAGAGAAGAUCAUUUCACUGUCUAAUUUAUUCACUAUUCUCAUAUUAAACUUCUGAAAUAAUUGAACUGUAGGGCCAAAAGAUUAUUUACUGAAGCACAGGUAUUACUGAGAAUUUCAUAGCCCAAGGAAAUCCUAAGAAGUGAUAAUUCCCUUAGUCUCUCCCUGUCCAUUUAUAGAACCAAAACAAUGAAAUAAAAAUCAUUUGCGUUCACUUUCACUCUGCUCUCUAGAGCACAAAUAAAUGUUAGCCAACAAUCAAGAGUAGGAGAGGGACUGGAAUUUGUACACAGACUGGCUGAGUUCUUAAACUUCUUCAGUGUGUUUAGUUUUGCUGCUUUGUCGAGAGAUACAUUCAGGGUUUUUAGGAAGAAAGAAAUGUUUAAAGUGUUAAUAUUUUCCAAUAUUUUAUUAUGAAAAUUUCAAACAGAAAAGUUGAAAGACUUGUGCAACAAAUACCCAUAUACCCACCACAUAGAUUCUAGAAUUAUAAACUGCUAAUUUUUCAACAAAGGCAAAUCUAACAUUCUAUUCCUUUCGAUAAGUGUCCAAUUAGAGUAUCUUCUCUGCACAGACAGCAUCAGCUUUCCUGUGUGAGAGAGUCCCUCAUUUCAGCAGACUUGCUUCAUUCAGCAUGGGAUACCUGAGAGGUAGUCCUCCCACAAAUGUUCUUUAGUCCCCAUCUUUCAGCACUCAAGCUGCACCUCUCCCUUCUCGCAGGCCAUGAUUUCCUCUCUAACUGGCAUAUUGGCAUGAGGGUAAUAGUGAAGCUGCUCUGGAAAGAAUUUAUUCUAAUCUUGUUUCUUUAUGACACGUCCUCAGGACUCUGAAAUUAAAACUAAAUCCUCAGAUAACAUGUAGCUUUAUAAUGGAAUUAGGUAGCAACUUAAAGUCAUAUCACUGUCAGUUAUUUUUUUCUUGAUUGAUGCACUUUAAAAAUAUUUUUAUCUGUUAUUUAGGAAAGAAUCUCACAAUUUAAAAUGUGUAUAUAUGUAUGGAAGAUUUAAAGCUGAAAGCUCACUGUCUUAUGUCAAUCAGUGAGUUUAGAUAUUAUUGUAAAACUUGUAAGUUACGGAAAAUUUCUAAGUUUAUAUCUUUUUGAUGAGCCUUACCCAGUCCCUCUUUGGGAGAAUUAGGUAAAACCCAAACCCUAAAGUCUGUGUUUUUAUAUUUACUUUUUAAGACUUCUUUUCUGCAAAAGGUUACUUUUUAACCCUAAAGUCUGUAGUUCUAAGGUAUAGAGUUGAGUGACUUGAAUAUUUACAUAAAAGACUAUUAGUGGAGGAUGAGGGAGGGGCAUGAGUUAAACAGUUUUGUGCAUCUUGAGAACUGCCUUUUUAAAUCGAUAACAAGGAGUGAAAACAGAAUAAAAUGGGGGGAAGAAAGCAAAGAUAUCAAAUAUAUCCUGGAAUUUUUCCCAUAUCCCAAUUUUGCUUAAUUCUUUAGUUUGCAUUUCAUUAGUUGGAAUUGUUCUUUAAGCUAGAAGCCUCACUGGUCUUCAUUGUGCUUGUUGGAGAAACUCCAAACCCACUUUGCUGUCUUUUCCAACAGGAUAGACUCUAGGAUUAUUUUUGAGUAGGCCUUCUCUACUAAGUGUCAUCCUGACCUGAGGACUGAUUUUAUCUCCAUAUUCUCUGGAAUUUAAGAGUCUAGUGCUGUGAAAAAAGAUGGGAUUAGAAAGAGGCAGAGAGGAGUUAGUUCCAGUUGUGGUACUAUAGCCCCAGUUGGUUUUGACGGUAGCCAAGAGGGAGAUGAAAAAGUCAGUUUUGACUUACAUCACAGAAGAGCCUCAAGCUACAAUGAUGUGUUUCCGUGACAACCUGGGCCUUGUAGGCUGACCAUCCUGUGGGGUGUAGGAGUCACCGGCUUAUUUCAUCUCUGUGGGAUGGUCAUACACACAGCAGUGAAUGGAACAGGCCAGGCAGACAUACUUGCUCCCUUUAAAGCUUCCAUUCUAAUACAUGGACAGUUUCUCCUAGGUCUAAAAGGUCCACAUCAACCUCUUUAACUAGUUUUUUUUCUACCUGACCAAAUGUGUAGAACUCCUAAGAAACCUAAAUCUGCUGGAAAAGGGAAGAGCGCCAUCCCUAUAGAAUCUCAGUGGAUGAAAAGAAUUGGAAAGUGGGUUUCUGCCUGAAGGAAGGUAAUUUCCAUUUUUUAUUGUGAGGGGUAGCUUGUAAGGGAUUUAUGCUCUUCAGAGCAAGUCAUUGUAUUCCUUGUGUAUUUGAUUGUGCUCAGGGAGCCAUGAUGUAUGAUUCUUUGGGGAAGUAAGUAAGGAACAGGUGUCCAAACCUAAUCACAAGCCAGGUAUCUGCUUUCCAGCAACCUGGUGUAUGGCAAAUAUCCAUAUGGCAAAAGUCCAGAUCUUCAAGCACAUGGGAUCCUAUCCCUAGGUUCUCACUUUCACACUGCUGAGAGACAAAGAGAGGGACUAAGAUCCCUCCAUGUCUGUAGAUUACCACUCAGUGUCUGAUGUCUUAUUUAUUUUAGCACUGGCAGCACAAUAUCCAAGGCCUUUGUGCAGAUGGUUAACUAGAAUUAAAUAAUACUGUUCGUUGACUAGAUAAGGCAGUCAGCUUGAUUGGAAGUCAGGCUGGGGAGGGAUUAUAAUUUAUAGUCCCAUAUUGGGAUAGCUGGGUAACUCGUUUAUGACUGUGCACUUGGAAUUGCUUUUUAACCUUACCAAGUGAGUGAAGAAGAUGCAACAAUG